CACUCCUCUCGCGAUCUUGAAAAAUAGUAGUAUUUAGAUCUAUAUCGAAUUGUGCCUUUAUAACGGAUAUACAUAAUGCUGCGUGUGUCUUGUCUCUCUGCUUUUGCAGCUACACGCGCCGUGCUUGUAGGCAACGGUACUACAUUUCUUACGGGUGGUGACUGCACCACUAGCAACGAAAUGCAGAAUGUGUAUCGCCUGGGCCCACGCGGCAUUCGCUCUUCUUCACCAUUUGAAGAGCCAAACACUGCCAUCUACGAUAGCUUUGUGUCGUGGACCUACUUCCAGCCCAUUGAUAUCAAGGUUGAUAAAUUGCCAGCGCCGAAGGCGAAGUACUAUCAGCACCACACCAAGAAACCGUGGGAUGUAUCCAGCACAGAGCUAAUGGAAAUAACUUCACGGCGCAAGUACGUUCAGGGCUGGGGAUAUCUCUUUUUAUCUAUAUAUGUAUACUUUCUGAUGCCAAAAGAGAAGUCAUUCAGUGGUAUUCGCGGCUCCGAUGGCUGGUGGAUAAUGCUUCCGAGGAAUCAGCCCGAAAAGUUUUAAAAAGAGAGAUAAAGAAGGGUAUUGUUGUGUAUUUAGGAAUGGUGUGAAUGAUCUUUAUCGUUUGCUGUGUAGGAAUAUUUUUGCAAUGCAUGUAGGACAUUUCAAGGAUAUCAAAUGAGUCUAAAUUUUAUUCCUUGGAUCAGCUUUAUAGGAUAAAAUGCUGAGAAUGAAAAA